UAUCUAUGGCUGGAGUGUUAUUUGAAGAUAUUUUUGAUGUGAAAGACAUUGAUCCUGAUGGUAAAAAAUUUGAUAGAGUAUCUAGAAUAUUUUGUGAAAGCGAAUCAUUCAAAAUGGAUUUGAUUCUAGAUGUAUAUUCUCAAAUUUAUCCCGUAGAACUUGCUGAUAAAUUUAGAUUAGUAAUUGCAACUACAUUAAGAGAAGAUGGUCUUCUAGAUGACGGUGAAUAUGAUCCUCUUACGAUAGGUGAAGGCCCUGAUUCAACUCAUAUACCAAGCAAGGCAGAUGCCUUUGAAUAUGUUAUGUAUGGCAUAAUUUAUAGGAUAGAUGGUGACGAGACCUCAAAUGAACCUGCUAGUCAUCUGUCAGCCUAUGUGUCUUUUGGUGGCUUAUUAAUGAGACUUCAGGGAGAUGCAAAUAAUUUACAUGGGUUUGAAUUGGAUGAUCAUGUAUAUUUACUUAUGAAAAAAUUAGCCUUUUGAUAGAUCACACAUGUUUAAAUGUAAAUUAAUAUGUUAAAUAUUUAUUAAAUAUAAUGUAAAUAAAAUUUUUUUGAUUGAUUGAAAA